AAAAGAUUUACUUUUUAAAAAAAAAAACAAAAAAACAGCGAGACUCGACGUGAUUUCUGGCGUCGUUCGAUAAAGCUAUGCCACGAAGAAGCACUCAGCUGGUUUCCCCCAGAUGCCAUAAAGAUGUAGAGCCUGUUGUUUCCUACAGGGAGACCAUGUGCAGUAUGAUCAGAAAGCGUCAGACUUUCAACAAUCCUCCACCUAUGAAGGAAGUUGCCUGGAGAAGGUUCACCUCUCCUGGCUUCCUCCUUGUUCUUCUCUUGUGUUUUGGACUUGUAUAUGUCGUUAACAGUGGAUCAGAAAAGAUGGGAAGGCACAUAGGAGAGCUGAAGGAUGAGAUUGUGAUGUUAAAAAGCCAGAUGAACUACCUACUUCCUGUAAGCGACAUGCUGCCCAACUUUGCUCUGGAGCCACUUGGAGCCCGUGUUCUACAUCAUAUGACUUCACAAGAAUACCAGAGCCGGGGAACGUGUCAGAGGUCUGUUAGCCCAAGAAUUGUGAUUCAGGGAAAAUCCCACCUGGUUCCCGGUCGCUGUUGGGCCUUUGCAGGUGAACAGGGGCAUUUAUCCAUCCGCCUGUCUCACAAAGUUACCAUCACCAAUGUGACACUGGGACACAUAUCCAAGGCAUUGUCCCCAACUCAAAACACCUUCAGCGCUCCCAAGGAGUUUUCUGUCUAUGGCAGGAAGACUUUAGAUGACGACGAGGUCCAACUGGGGACAUUUCUUUAUGACUAUGAGGGGGACCUGCUGCAGACCUUCAAGCUGCCUGAUCAUAAAACAGAUGUCUUCAGCUAUGUAACGCUGAAGGUCAACAGCAACUGGGGUAAUCCUGAGUACACCUGUCUGUACAGUUUCAGAGUCCAUGGGAAGUUGGAAGACGGGCUGUGACCAGCAGCUCUGUGGCAGCAUUUCAGACUGUGUGAAGGAAUGUAACCUUUAACAGCGAUGACACGGACAGGAGGCCGAGACUGGACAGAGGAUGACAAUUUAAGUGUAAUUGUGCAGCAGAGCAGUAGAGAGUAAGAGACCCGUUUAUUUUUAACAAACAAUGUUGGUAAUAUAUAUAUUUAUAUA